AUGACGAAGGAAAAUUCUCAGAAGAAAUCAUCAUCAUCAUCGGAAGUAUCCAUGAACGACAUCCUUGGGGAGAAUCUAAUGAUGGAGAUACUGUCAAGGUUGGUGAUUGAAGACAUGGCGAUAUGUUGUUGCGUGUGCAAGUCAUGGAACGCUCUGGUAAACGACCCGUCGUUUAUGAAGUCUGUGUAUGAUAGGGUUUCUGAAGCAGAGAGAAUAUUCAAGAAGGAUCUGAAACUCUUCUGCGAGAUAUACCACAAAGACGACGACGACAACAAAAGCAAAAGCAACAACAAUAAUAAAAGAAUGAGGUUGAUUGAUUUGAAUGCUUCAAGUAUAGCAAAGGGAAUGAAACGAAAAGCUUCGAUUAUCACAAAACGAAACUAUGAUCUUCGAUUUUCUCAUCAGAGUUUGGACAUUGCGUACAUUAGAGCUGUUAAUUGCUAUUCUCCUACAGCUUUCAUUGCUUUAAUGUUGAACUCAUCAUCAUCAUCAUCAUCAGAUGAUCAUUAA